AUGGCACGUCAGCAGCAAGAUGUUGAUGAAUUAUUCGAUGUUAAAAAUGCUUUUUAUAUUGGAAAUUACCAGCAAGCUAUUAACGAAGCACAAAGUAUUAAUCCGUCAUCUCCACUAGUGUCUCUUCAACGUGAUGCUCUUCUCUAUCGCUCCUACAUUGCCCAGGGAAACUACAGAAUUGUCUUGCAGGAGUUAAAAAAUGCUGAUCCUAUGCUGCAGCCCUUGAAGACACUUGUUGAUUACCUUUCCCCUGGGGCAAACAAGCUUGCUAUUGUUGCAGACAUAGAUGCUAGGGUGGCAAAGGGUACUGAACUUACAAACGAUAUAUUCCUACUCGUUGCUGCCAGCAUCUACUACCACGAAGACAAUUAUGAAGCAGCUUUAAAAAUCCUACACGGAGCCGAGUCAUUGGAAUUGCGUGCAUUCACACUGCAAUGUUUACUGGCGAUGAACCGUCCAGACUUAGCGAGGAAACAACUAAAACUUCUACAAGAUAUAGAAGAUGAUGGCACUCUCACUCAACUGGCACAGGCUUGGCUCAACUUGUCGCAGGGUGGACCAGGAGUGCAGGACGCACACUACAGUGUGAUGGAGCUGUCGGAGCGACUAGGCUCACUGGGAGCCGGGCCUGCAGCACUCGGGGCCGCCGCCGCCGCUUCCAGAGGGAUGUGGGAGGAGGCGGAGCAGCUGCUGACGGAGGCACAGGCGCGCGCGCCGCAGCAGCCCGAGCUGCUGCUGGCGCUCGCCGUCACCGCGGCGCACAGCGGCAAGCCGCCCGAGAUUUCAUCGCGUUAUCUAGCUCAGUUGCUGGAUACUCACCCGGAUCAUCCCUUCACUAAGGAGUACAACGCAAAGACCAACGAAUUCAAGCGACUUGCGGCUCAGUAUCAGCCGUCCGUUGCAAGUUAA